AUGGCUCAGCCGCAACCGCAGACGCAGGCGCAUCCGCAGCAGCAGCAGGCGGGGCAGCAGAGGCCGCGAGGGGCGGUGAAGCAGGUGGUGGUGGUGGUGGAGGGCACGGCGAGCAUGGGGCCGUGGUGGGCGCUGCUGCGACGCCUCUACCUGCACCCGCUGCUCAAGUGCGUACGCGUCCCUGCAGCGCGCCAUGCGAUCCCAUCCACUCACUCCUCUCGUCCUGCUCUCUCGUCCCUUUCCCUCCAAUUCCUGCUCUCCUCAUCGCAUCCCUGUCCUCUCCCCGUUCCCCUCCGUGCCUCGCCCUCCGCCCUCUUCCCUCUGCCCCCCUGCCCUCCGCCCCCUUUCCCUCCGCCCCAUUUCCUCCCCCCCUCUGCCACCCCCCUCGCCCUCCGCCCGCGUGCCUCCGCGCAUGCCGUGGUCGCCAGGGCAUUCUGCAGUGUCGACUCGCUCACGCAGGUGAGGCGCCCUUCCCAGGUGAGGCGCCCUUCCCAGGUGAGGCGCCCUUCCCAGGUGAGGCGCCCUUCCCAGGUGAGGCGCCCUUCCCAGGUGAGGCGCCCUUCCCAGGUGAGGCGCCCUUCCCAGGUGAGGCGUCCUUCCCAGGUGAGGCGCCCUUCCCAGGUGAGGCGCCCUUCCCAGGUGAGGCGCCCUUCCCAGGUGAGGCGCCCUUCCCAGGUGAGGCGUCCUUCCCAGGUGAGGCGCCCUUCCCAGGUGAGGCGCCCUUCCCAGGUGAGGCGCCGUUCCCAGGUGAGGCGCCCUUCCCAGGUGAGGCGCCCUUCCCAGGUGAGGCGCCCUUCCCAGGUGAGGCGCCCUUCCCAGGUGAGGCGCCCUUCCCAGGUGAGGCGCCCUUCCCAGGUGAGGCGCCCUUCCCAGGUGAGGCGCCCUUCCCAGGUGAGGCGCCCUUCCCAGGUGAGGCGCCCUUCCCAGGUGAGGCGCCCUUCCCAGGUGAGGCGCCCUUCCCAGGUGAGGCACCCUUCCCAGGUGAGGCGCCCUUCCCAGGUGAGGCGUCCUUCCCAGGUGAGGCGCCCUUCCCAGGUGAGGCGCCCUUCCCAGGUGAGGCGCCCUUCCCAGGUGAGGCGCCCUUCCCAGGUGAGGCGCCCUUCUCAGCUGCGCCCUUCUCAGCUGCGCCCUUCUCAGGUGCGCCCUUCUCAGGUGCGCCCUUCUCAGGUGCGCCCUUCUCAGCUGCGCCCUUCUCAGGUGCGCCCUUCUCAGGUGCGCCCUUCUCAGGUGCGCCCUUCUCAGGUGCGCCCUUCUCAGCUGCGCCCUUCUCAGCUGCGCCCUUCUCAGGUGCGCCCUUCUCAGGUGCGCCCUUCUCAGGUGCGCCCUUCUCAGCUGCGCCCUUCUCAGCUGCGCCCUUCUCAGCUGCGCCCUUCUCAGCUGCGCCCUUCUCAGCUGCGCCCUUCUCAGCUGCGCCACGUUGCCCCUGCUAGAUGCAUCCUAACCUCCUUUCCUCUCCUCCUCUCCCGUUUGCAGCCUCUCGCCUCGCUGCUGCAGCAGACGCCCUUCACAGCCUCACCUGCCGUCUUCCUCUCGUGGCUCGACGCCCUCUCCUUCUCGGGGGGCGGCGCUUCCGACGCCGCCGUUGCUGAAGGCCUCUCAGAGGCGCUGCUGCCACGUGGUGCCCGUGGCAGCCCAGCCCAGCACCACCCUCCCACCUCACCUGCUCUGUCCUCUUCCCCCCUCCUCCAUCCUUCCCUCCCCUCGCCCCCUCCUCCUCACCGUCAUCCUUUUCCCCUCCAGAUGCUGUGCCCCACGCCUGCCCCCACAGCCACCCCACCAGCAGGCUUGGAGCGCCACAAGCACGUGGUGCUCGUCGCUGCCUCGCCACCCCACCGCCUGCCCACCCCCGUCGUCAAGCCGCCCCUACCCACCACAACCUCUGCUGCUGAUGGUGCUGGUGGCAGUGGCGGCGGCGGGAGCGCGUGGGAGGCAGCAGCGUGGUGGCUGGCGUCGGCCCACACGGUGGCAUCCCUCUUCGCCCACCCGCAGGCAAAGCGCAGCCCCAGAGCAGCGGAGGCAGUGGCGGACGCGGCACGGCAGCACGCCCACCACGUGGCGCUCAUUGCUGAGGGCUUCCUGGAGGCGCGCACCGUGCUGCACCGCGCCCCCCCGCCCAAUGAGGCCGUUCCACGUGGCGCCCAGGCGGUGGGCCCCUCUCCUGGUGGAGGAGGGCCCGCGGCGGGGGCUGGUAGUGUGGCAGCGGUGGCGAUGGCGGGCUCAGUAGGGCGACUGCCACAGCAACCCGGGGCGCCCAUGGUUCAGCAGGCAAAGCAGGUUGCUGUGGGUGUGGAUAACGCCCUCACCGCGUCCAAGGUAUGCGCUUAUUGUGCAUUCAAGUUCAACGGCGGGAUGUACCGGUGCGCCCAGCACAUCACCGGCUGGAACGGCAUGCGGCGUCGUGAAGUGCGCUUGUGCUCCGACGCGCCGAAGUCGGCGCGUGAUGGCGUCAAGGCGGUUUACGAGGACAAGCAGAAGGCCCGCGACAACAAGCGAUCGGCGGAGCGAUCCGCUAUUGCCGCGGUUUCCAACUCUGCGGGCGCGCCAAAAAAGAGUCGCAUGACGGACUUCUACGGCGAUGAAUCUACGUGCGCUAAGAAGGAGGCGGAUGACUCAAUUUGCCUUCUCUUCGCGGCCCUCCGUCUUCCCGAGCAUCAUGCAGACCACCCACUGUGGCGCAACGCGGUUUCCUGCAUCGCACGCGCGGGUGGUUCAUACACGCCACCGAAGCGACGCUUCAUCGGAGGAGCCGGCCUCCGAAACUGCCGGCAACGCAUCGAGGUCGCUCUUGCGCCGAUCGCCGCAAGCUGGCGCCGUAACGGCGUCACCAUCGCUUCAGACAUGAUGACCGACGCCUCGGGCCGCCCACAAGCAAACGUGCUGCUCAUAAACGACAGCGGCGCCGUCUUCACCGAAGCGGUCGACACACAGAUGGAGGUGAAAACAGGCGGCUACAUUGCGGGGAUGUUGAGGCCGAUCAUUAAAAAGGUGGGAGCCGAGAACGUGGUGGCACUCUGCAUGGAUGGAGGCUCGAACUACGCUGCGGCAUGCCGGGAACUCAUGGUGGAGUUCCCACACCUCGAACAAGUCCCGUGCGCGACCCAUGUCCUCGAUCUCCUCAUGGAGGACAUUGGGAAGAUGAAUUGGGCGAGGGUGGUGGUCACGCGGGCGGCCGAGAUCAUAAACUUCGUUCGUAGCCACCACUUCACGCGUGGCUACUUGCGGAGCCCCCUCGUCAACGACGGCAAAGGCAAGCAGGUUCUCAAGCCUGCGGGAACCCGCUUCGGGACCCAGUUCAUCGCGGUCUCACGCCUGGUCGAGCUCCGCAUGUCUCUGCUGCAGAUGGUCUUGAGCGAGGAAUGGCGGCCUUGGGCGACAGGGGGAAGGAGGGCGAGCGCGGAGGUGUUUCACGGGUACAUCCUCGACUCGGAAUGGUGGAAGGUGGCCGAAUUCUUCACGGUGCUGAUGGAGGCUCCCUUCAAGGUGAUGCGCGCCACGGACGGCACCGCCAAAGGGAUGAUGGGGCGGCUUUACGACUUGAUGCUGCAGCUCACCGAGGAUGUGCACGACAUCCUCGAGGCGAAGGGCGACGAGUUCCUGACGCGGGGGGAGAUGGGGGAGAUCAGGAAGAUUGUGAAGGCAAGGUGGGAUGAGGGUUUGGCAUGCCCCAUGCAUGUGGUUGGCCGAAUUUUAAACCCGGCCAACCAGGAGGAGGGCAUUUUCCGCAACGACGUGGAGUGCACCCGUGUUCUGAAAGCCUACAUCUCCAAGCACUACGACGAUGUCACCAUCACAAGCAAGGAUGGUGAAGAGCGUCGUGCCUCCCUUGUCUUGCAGGAAGGGCUCACGGCAUUCCUGAACCUGGAGGGGAGUUUCGGCAUGCCUGCAGCGAUUGCUGAUCGCGAAGCUGUGAAAGCAGAGACCCACACUGCUCUCCAGUGGUGGGAGUGGCACGGGACGGACUACCCUCACCUGGCGACGCUCGCAUGCCGCUCGCUCACGCAGCCCGUGUCCGCCUCGUCGUGCGAGCGGAAUUGGGCGGUGUGGGACGGGGUGUACACCGCCAAGCGCAACCGCCUUGGCUCUGAAAAGUGCCGGGAUUUGGUGUACGUUGCGCACAACUGGAAAGUUGUGCACAACUGGUACACCGUCCCGGAGGGCCAGGGGGUGGUCACGGGCAACAUUGAGGCCCCUCCCCUUCCCGAGGGGUACAAGGUGGCAGAAGAGGGGUGGGAGGAGGAGGCGGACCAGGGGGAGGAUGUCAUCAUGAACGAUGAGUAUGAGUAG